UUUUUGCAAUAUUUUCAGAUAGUAGAUAGUGAGUUGAUGGAUAACCGAAGAGAUGGAGACCGGAUAUUAUCAGUGACGUCAUCAUCGCCUGCAGCUGCUACAGUGCCUGUUGCCUUCUCAUCGUCUGGAGGAGCCCCUCCCUCCCUCUCCCCUCCCAAUCGGAACAACUCCAUUUCGCAACAGAUAACAGCAAUGAACAGUGGCGAUAAUCAGAGCAGUCAGUCGAGUCACGUGUUGAGCGGCGCGAGUGUGAGUGUGAGUGGAGGAACUGCAUCGUCGGCUACAGGAGUUCCUUCGAUGAAGACCAAGUUGAUGCGGGUCAACAUGGCAGAAGGAGGGGGCAAGUUUGUGAGACUGAAUGUGGGCGGCAGGUUUUUCCAGACUACUGUGGAUACACUGACCAAUCAGGAGUCCAUGUUUUCGGCCAUGAUGUCGGGCAGAAUGGACUUAGUCGCCGACGAAGAAGGUUGGAUUCUGAUCGACCGAGACGGCACCUACUUCGAACAUAUCCUCAACUUCUUCCGAGACGGCACUCUUUGUGUGGAGAACCUCUCGGACAAGGAGCUCCACUCAAUCCUCACAGAGGCCAACUUCUACAGCAUAGGAGUGCUGGUGAAUCUACUUCAGCAGACAGUCGAGGACAGACACAGCACACACGUGAAGAACUUCUCUCCUAAAGAGGUCAAACUGGUCCCAUUCAUAUGUACAAAACAGCUGGACGAGAGCUCACUCUUCGAAACAGGAAAAGCCGCAGUUAAGUUCUUGUGCAAUCGACAGAAUAACAAAUACUCAUACACAAGCCAAUCGGAUGAGAACUUGUUGAAGAACAUAGAGCUGUUCGACAAGUUGGCAGUGCUCUACCAGGGCAGACUGAACUUCUUCAAGGACAUCUUCGGCUUCUCCAGCAACGAGAUCUGCCAGUGGACCUUCUACAACAAACUGGGUCAGAAGAGGGCAGAGGUCUGCUGUUCUUCUAUCGUCUACUCCACCGAGAAGAAAAACAUCAAGAUUGAGUUUCCAGAGGCCAAAGUGCAGGAGGAGCUAAUAUUUCUCAUUGCAGAUGAAGGCCACUCCGAGUCCAUUCCAAAUGACGUCAUCAGGGCCAUGAGAUGUAAACACGGAAACAGUGGCGCUCUCAGCUAAACCAUGGUCACUCAUCAAAAGGAAAAAAUGGAAAGAAACAAAAACAAAUACUUAUACAUUAGAUACUGAACUGAGCCCACCAAAAGCAAGACUCUUCUAAAAUUGGUCUCCAAAUUGAUACGUUGUAUUCAGUAUACUGGUCUUCGAUGCGCAAAUAAAUGAAGCAUUUUAAAGGAAAAGCUGUUUUUUUUCGAUUUCGCAAUUUUUGGAGAUCAAAAGUUGAAAAUUGAUUGGAAACUAUCACAUUUGGAAUUGUUUUUGACAGUGAGCAGUGACCGAAGAAAACCAAGAAAUAAUUAAUUCACAAUUCAGACUUGAAAUUGAUUUUAAAGUUUUGGUGCUUAAAUAUAAAUAAAUCCGAUUUUCGCACUUCUAAUUUAUUGCUCUAAAAUUCAAUUUAACUAGUUUUUGAUAAUUUAUUUUAAUAAGUGCA